CCGUUAGAUCACUGUGACAUCCUGAAGCUAGUUUAUUUCAGUAUAAUAUCCUCACUGUAUAUUUUUAUUAUAUGUUGUUUUUCACAGUAAUUUUGCGAAAUUAAUUUUUGUAAAGUUUGUGAAAGUUUGCAAGGAAAAAGGCGUGUUGUUUACAGCAGUGAGAGCGAAGAAGGAUAAUGGCGUCUGCUGUGAAGUUUGUCAUCUCUAAGCUGCUCUCUCCCCUGUGGAGGACCGUGGACGAUGAAGAGGAUGGCUUUUAUUACAGAACAGGUAUGGAUGAGAUCCGGCGGAUGCGAGGCGGCGUAGUGACCGAGCUCUGUCUGAAUUAUGGGCUGAUUGAUCAUUGUGUGUACUUCACUGCCGGAGAGGUGCUGGGAGGAGCGUCUCUGCAUGUAGGUGACGAGGUUAAUGCUCUGGCUGUUAAAGACGGAGCCCACGGAGGAUGGAGGGCACUGAGGGUGGAGAGGCAAAUGGAUUCAUGGGAUGGAGGCAGUGCUUCAGACGAAACCGAUGCUAAUAAGCUCCGGUCUCUGAUUGGAACGGUAACGUCAUGUGAUAACGACGGUGGAUUUAUAAACCAGACGACGUAUUUUCCCCGAUCGGCCCUGUGCGAAGGUUUUGUGCCGAUGAAAGGAGACUGGGUUCAGGCAGAAUACUUCAUUAGCCCCACAAAUUGGACCAGUCAGGCUCGAAGUGUUGCCCCGCUACGAUACCAGCGCCUGGACCAAGUGGACGUGUCAAACGUGUUUGGAAACAGUGGGGUUGUGGGAGACGGUGUGUUUUUCACUUUGGAUUCUCUGCUGUUGCCUGCUGGAUACAAACCCAUACGAGGAGAUGUAGUGAGCGUGGUGGUGGUGGAGAGCAGUCAGUCGUUAUAUAGCUGGAGAGCACUCUGUAUGUCUCCGAUUAAGAAACACAGCGUGAAUGGGGCAGUGACCAACCUGCCAGAGGCUGAAAUCCAGACACUGCUGGAAAAUAAGGGAGGACUUGUGGUCAGUGAGGAAACAUCGUUCGGAUCUUUGUUUCUGGGGGAAAGUAAAGAGCUGAUCGUCUUUCUUCACAAUACCGGUUCAGAGACCCAUAAACUGAAGUGCUGUGAAUUCGCUGGCUGGGACUCUGAGGAGCAGUUUUCAUUUGGACUGGCACCACGUCGUGCCAACGACGACAUUCUGUCAAAACCCAAGCUUCAACAGACUGCCCCGGUCAACCCAUACAUGUCCUUUUUCCAGACCCCGGACAGAGGCCUUAUAUCGAGGCAUCGUCUCGGUGUGCUGCCCGUUCCUUUCUCUGUACCUGUGGAAGAAGGUGCCAAAAGGCAUAAAAAUAAUAUAGAGGUAGAUAUCGAUGAAGAGGUUGCAAAUGAUGGAGAGAAGAAUGCUGAGGAGGUACCGUGUCUCCGGGCAGUAGAGAAAAACCUAAACAUAUUACCAGGAGAGAAAGUGUCCAUCACUGUAGGCUGCCAGGCUAAGAACCUGGGUCGCUGUGCGGAGCUGCUGUUGCUGCACUUCUCCUCGUUUACCAUCGGGCGGCGCUUGGAGGUUUCCGUGAGCAGUGAGGUAGAGAAAUUGUUAAAGCCCAGCGCCCCCUACUGUCCAGCAGUCAUGCUGUCAACACCGGCAUCGCAGAACCCUGCUCAGGUGGUCACUGUGUUGCCUCCUGCACCUCCAGUCAGAUUGGUGAGACGGCAUCUACCUAAUUUCCUGGGCGCCUACCCGGUGCCACAAGCACUGAGAGAUUGUGUGGAGGCCAAAACUGAUGUGCUGGUAGUUCAACCUGCUCUCGGGGAGCCACUGUGUCCGUCCAACAUGGUACCUCGUUUCUCUGCUCUGCUUUGGCUGGAGGAGCUGCAGGCUGAAAGUGAGCUCAGAGAGUUCAGAAUUACUGGAGCUCUCCUAAAGAAGGGAUCCGGUUACCUGCACCUGGAGGUGCCGGGGUUGAGUGAAGGAAGGCCCAGUCUGUUCCUUGGAGAUAAAGUUGUCUUAAAGAAGCCAUGCAGAGAAGGGCUCGUUGUGGAGUAUAUCGGCUAUGUUACUGAGAUCAGUGGGGAGGAUGUGAGUUUGCGGGUAAACACAGAAUUUCUGAACAGCUACUUGGGCGAGCCGCUGGACGUGGAGUUUACUUACAACAGACUGCCUAUGAAAAGAUGCCACUGUGCUCUGGAGCAGACCAAGCACUUUGGAGAGAACGUGUUCUUCCCCAGAUCUUUGCAGCUGCAGAGCCCCUUGUGGACAGGUGACUGGGAGCCGGAACCUUCAGCCAAACAGGAUGAAAACAAAUCAACCCUAGAAGGUGAAGAGAGUGAGGACAAGGGGACGCCGUCUUCCCUGACUAUGGACAUGGUCUCUGUGGCAACACAGACAAAAACAGAUUUGUGUACAGCAGCUAAGCCCAUCCCAGACCCAGGCAAGUUCUUUAACUGCAAUCUUAACCCUGCUCAGAAGGAGGCGGUCAAACACAUCCUCAGCGCAGACUGUCGCCCAACUCCUUACGUGCUCUUCGGCCCUCCAGGCACAGGGAAAACCAUCACGCUCAUAGAGGCCAUACUGCAGGUGUAUUACCGUGUGCCGGCGAGUCGUGUGUUGGUUUGCACUCCUUCUAACAGUGCUGCAGACCUCAUUUGUAUUCGCCUGCAUGAAAGUGGCUACCUGCAAGCUGCCAGCAUGGCGCGAGUUAACGCCACCUGCAGGAUUGAGGAGUCUGUCCCCGAGGUGUUGCAACAGUACUCUCACGCCGGAGAGGAUGUACACCAUGCUGCUUUCCACCGUAUUGUCGUCAGCACCUGCUCCAGCGCUGGCAUGUUUUACCAGAUCGGAUUGCGCGUUGGUCAUUUUACUCACGUUUUUCUGGACGAGGCUGGUCAAGCUACCGAGCCGGAGUGUCUGAUUCCUCUCGGCCUGUUGUUUGAGAAGACCGGACAGAUUGUCCUGGCUGGAGACCCAAAGCAGUUGGGUCCAGUAGUGAAGUCGAAACUAGCGGAAACCUUCGGACUGGGAGUGUCUCUGCUCGAGAGACUGAUGGCCAGCCCUCUGUAUUCCCUCACUGAGAACGGCUACAACCCAUUGCUGGUGACAAAGCUGGUGUAUAACUACCGCUCCCACGAGGUGUUGCUGGAGCUACCGUCUAAUCUGUUCUACGGCGGUGAGCUGUGUGUACGCUCACAGAGAGCCGUCGUGGACUCGCUUUGUCACUGGAGCCGCCUUCCGACCAAGGGCUUCCCUCUCGUCUUCCACGGAGUCAGGGGCACAGAGAUGAGGGAAGGCUCGAACCCAUCCUGGUUUAACCCCGGUGAAGCCGUGCAGGCCAUGCUUUACUGCUGCCAGUUGGCGAAAAGACUCUACAAACCCAUACCAGUUACUGACAUUGGCAUCAUCACUCCUUAUAAAAAACAGGUGGAAAAGAUUCGAAUGCUGUUGCACAGAGCCGGGCUUCCCGACAUCAAGGUCGGCUCGGUUGAGGAAUUUCAGGGACAGGAGUUCUUAGUUAUCAUUCUCUCUACGGUGCGCUCCAAUGAGGUGAUACCUAGCAGUGAACUUCAGAGAGCACUGGGCUUUGUGUCGAACCCCAAACGCUUCAACGUCGCCAUCACGCGACCGAAAGCUCUUCUUAUCGUCAUCGGUAACCCCCACGUGCUGAUCAAGGACCCAUGUUUUCAUGCACUGCUGCAGUACGCCUACGAGAACGGGGCUUUCAUUGGCUGUGACCCUCCUGUCUCCCUCCGAGUUCCUGAUAGGUCGUUGAUAACAACCCCGGCUGAGUCUGCUCUCGCUGUAUAUAAACCAAGAAAUCCUCACUCGGCAUCAGUCCAGCUUUAUCCUCGGCACAGGACCUUGCUUUCUGACCGGACAAUCCUCUCCUCUGGAACUAUGGCUCUCUUCACUGCCCUGCUUGCCUUAACUCUUUUGGCCCAGAUCAGAGCCUUUGACUUGGGCCAGUCUACCCGCUGCAUACCCAUACCUCGCCAGCUGAGUGUGUGUCAUGAUGUGGGCUACUCAGAGAUGCGACUGCCUAACCUCCUGGGCGAUAGCAGCCUGGAGAGUGAGGUAGUGCCACGCUCCAACGACUGGCGUUCCCUGCUACAGACAGGGUGCCACCCUCAGGCCCAAACCUUUAUCUGCUCUCUUAUCGCUCCUGUCUGCCUAGACACUUUUAUCCAGCCUUGUCGAAGUCUGUGUCUGGCUGUGAGGGACAGCUGUGCUCCGGUCUUGGCUUGCCACGGCCAUCAAUGGCCCGAAGAACUGGACUGUGAUCGUUUCCCCGCUCAAGACGACAUGUGCCUCACCCCACUGCCCAAACAUCUCAGCAGGUUCUCUAAAGAUCUCCCCAAGCCUGUAUGUCAGUCGUGUCCUCGAGUAGAUGAGCUUCCUUCUCUUAAGACCGUGAUGGAUGCCCUUUGUCUUACUGACUUUGCCGUUAAAGCCAAGCUGUUCCGCCGCCGUAUGGCUUCAUCGGAGCCAGAGCUCGAGGUGGAGGGAAAGGUGGAGUUCAUCCAGCGUGGCCCGCUGCUUCCAUACGACACCAACAACCUGCUACAGCAAUGGCUGCUGCUCAACCUGCGCUGCGCGCAUGCACUGGUGAAGCCCGGACGCGCGCAGCUCUACCUGAUCACCGGCACGACGCGCUCCGACGGCACCGUGGAGCUUACGCACCUUUUCCCCUGGUUAAAGAAGGACCUGCACAUAACCGCAGCUACCCGCAAGUGGAAACACCACAAGUGCUGAGGACAUUAUACACAGUUAUAGAGGAGAGGAAGACCUUCAGGUGAAGAGAGAACUGAUGGAGGUCGUUAUGGGGCUUUAAGUCUCUCCACCGGUUAAAAAAAAAAUUUGCGCUCCGAUUUC